AUGCUGGUCGAGCGCAAGCAGAAGAAAGUAGAGCCGCAGGUCGAGAAAGUUAGGGACGUCAUAACAAGGCGCAAAGGAGUAGGUGCCAAGCGCGAGAUAGGCGACGUGCUCGUCAUCAAGACACAACAGUCGAAGUACUCGGACGUCUUGAAGGAGAUACAAAGCAGCGCCACGUUCGAUGGUCUGGGAGCCGACACUUCACCGUGCGUUGACGCGCAGCGUUGCCUUAACGUUAGAACUGAACUUCCUGAUUCUCCUGAAAAACUCAAUCGCAGUAGUCGUAGCUCGAAGAAAACGGAAAAUUUUCAUCAUUCACAUUGGUUCACUCAAGCCGUCAAGAUGGAAAAGUCCAACCUUCUCUUCAAGUCCGCCUCUCUGGCACUGGUCCUGGUGGCAGUGUUCCAGCUGGUUCCCGCAAGCCCCCUCCAUGAAGCCGAAGAUCCAAUCACCGUUCCGUCCAUCCAGUUCCGAAGCAAAACCGACAAGGACCUGUGCUCGGCCUACCAACUGAACGGCAAGAUGUUUAUCGCCCUGACCCGCUGCUUGGGAAACGAAGCUAGCCGAAUCAACCAACUGACGGAACUGGAUGUGGUCGGCAAGGGCCAGCAAACGGUUCAAGCUUUUGCCCUGCAACCGGCAGGAACGGACUCUCUGGGAGAUUUGGCGGUCAUCAUGUACACCGGUGCCAUCGAUGGGGAAGACCAGCCGCGGGACUCCAGCGCCGGCCUGUUCGAAAAGUUCGGUCUACGGAGCUUGGUUCGGUUCGGUCGUCGCAGCCGUCAGGAUGAACCGGCCGCCGGAGCUGCAGACAACGCCACCGACAGCGCCCCGUUCACCGGCAAAAAUGCGCAGCUGAUUGGGGCUGCCCUGACCUUUGUGGGAUCCGUUCUGCUGAUGCAGUAGGGGGAGUUUUUAGUGAUGUGCAUUAAUUAUUGCUAGAAAUAAAACGCUUGUGUAAUUAUUCAAA